AUGGAUAUUGAUAUUGAUAUUGAUAUUGAUAUUGAUAUUGAUAUUGAUAUUGAUAUUGAUAUUGAUAUUGAUAUUGAUAUUGAUAUUGAUAUUGAUAUUGAUAUUGAUAUUGAUAUUGAUAUUGAUAUUGAUAUUGAUAUUGAUAUUGAUAUUGAUAUUGAUAUUGAUAUUGAUAUUGAUAUUGAUAUUGAUAUUGAUAUUGAUAUUGAUAUUGAUAUUGAUAUUGAUAUUGAUAUUGAUAUUGAUAUUGAUAUUGAUAUUGAUAUUGAUAUUGAUAUUGAUAUUGAUAUUGAUAUUGAUAUUGAUAUUGAUAUUGAUAUUGAUAUUGAUAUUGAUAUUGAUAUUGAUAUUGAUAUUGAUAAAACUAUUCAAUAAAACUAAAAUUAAAAAUAUUGA